AUCUGUUGACCUUGGUUGGCAAUAAAAAGAGAGAGAGAGAGAGAGAGAGUAACUCGGUUAACCAGCGCUUAGAAGACGCUCAAUCCGAGUAAUAAACAUUCUAUCUAUCUAUGUUUGUAUGAUUUUGCCUACGUCCUUUGCUCGGCACAAGGAAACCUUUAGGUGUCCUUGCAGCUUUUGCAACCAUGGACGUAACCCAGGGUCAUUGACGUCAAGUACCCAGCACAGCCUUUGUACAUACGGAGUAUGUAGUCCGCUGGCAAUACCCACGCCGCAACGGGCUUGAGCUUAUCUAAGGUUCAGCGCAGCACCGCCAGAGCAAUGCGCUUCUUCCCUCUUCAACAAUCGAACCAUGUCGCCGCAUCCACACAAUGCUGCCGAAGCCUUCACUGUGCUUCACUAUACCAAGUAUACAUGACAAUACCAAGCUCGACUGCCGAGUAUUCCAUCCCUUAAGCCUCAGCUUCCAUGUCGGCGCCAGCGGCCUGUCCCAAGCUGCCCCGCCAUGGGGUCGGCAUAUCGCAAUUGUCGCGCAUCCGUAUGCGCCGUUGGGAGGAUGUUACGAUGAUCCCAUCGUAAACAUGGUGGCGGGAAUACUGCUGCGGUCGGGAUUCCUGGUCGCCACAUUCAACUUCAGGGGUGUAUCCUCAGCAGGAGCUCGCACGUCAUGGACCUCGAAACCGGAGCAAGCCGAUUACAUGUCUGUGGUUGGUUUCCUAGCCUACUAUGCACAUUAUAUCGAAUUUCCUAAACGAACCGACCCGGGCCAGACGACCGUGCCCAUAUUAUUGCAGGCCGGUUACUCGUACGGCGCAAUGGUUACCACGAAGCUACCUCCCUUGAACGACAUCAUGGCACCGUUCGAGAGCCCACCGCUGCACUCAGCUGCCGCUGAUAUUCGACUACGAGCACAGCAUCUUGCCGAGCAGCAGACCAGACUGGCCACUGGCCCUGCAUCCCCACGAAGAUCCAUGGGACUGCGAGUCGGCGGAGACGAGGAUGUCUCGCGCAGGAGCCAUGAUUUCACAAGAACACAUUCCCCGGACCACGAAGACAAGAUACGCAGGGGGGUCAAGGAUCUACUGGCGAGGACCAAGCGGGUACAGCGGAAGCAUGGGCACAAACAUGACGAGCAGGCCGAGGAGCACAUACACCAAGAGGAAUGCAUGGUCCGGGUCGACGACCUGGAGCCCUACCGUAGUGCCUACUUGCUGGUCUCUCCGCCGAUCGGCUAUCUGACCAACUUGGCCACCAUGUCCUUUCCGAGUCCAUUCGCCAGUUGGCACAAGAAGGGCGGAAGGAGCGGACAUGGCGCAUCGAGUCCCCCCCAAGACGGGGCUGCUGAUACCAGGGUCGAACCCCACGACCUCAAGCUUGUGCAUAAUCCGACGCUGGCCAUAUAUGGCGACCAGGACGGGUUUCUGAUGCCUCGUAAGCUUCGGGAAUGGACGACUAGGCUCAAGGCACAGGAUGGAUCCCUCUUUCAUGAUAUCGAGGUAGCUGGAGCCGGCCAUUUCUGGGCAGAAGAAGGGGUUGUUUCCCGGCUCCGAGCUGCAGUCAGUGGCUAUGGAUCCGAGCUGCUUGGGUCUACAGCUCAGUCGUUCGAGUGGCCCGACGAUUAAGUGAGGCCGGACUUGGGGGCUUGUCGUCCUGGUUUGAUGGCUCACGAGAACGAAUCAAGCUUACGUGGAAGCUACAAGUAAACCUAAUGUAUAUGAGAGCUCUCACAUCCAUGUGCAGAUCAGAAGCUAUAGGAUGGCUAGAAAACCAUAGACUUUCUAAUUUGGUACGAUAUCAUGGGGCAUGUUGUGGAAUAAGACUUUGAAUACUAAUUGCAAAGAGGGGUUGGGGGCAAAAACACAACCAAGGUGACCAAGAUAGACAAACAAACAGACAGACAGACAGGGCCAUGUAGUCGUAACUUCAUAACGCACAUAGAUCUGACUGAAUACAUCUAUAAAGUGCCAGGUUA